UGGUCACCAUGCUCAGCCGAGACCGAGCUGCUCUGCUCUCCGUUCAACUUUUAGCUAUGUGCCAAGCGUUUGCAGACAUUCUCCCACAGAUUCAUACAUUUGACCAGAGGAAUAUCUCGGUGCCCAGGGGAGACUCCAUCAUCCUCACUUGCAACAUGUCCAUGGCUAAUGUAACGCAAAUCAACUGGACCAAAGGCAGAUCUGUUUUUGCUCAUUCAGUCUUACUCAAUCAGAAUUUUUCCAAUUUCACCUCUCACUAUAAAAUAGACUUAAACUUACCUUCAAAGCUGAAUAUUUCUAACGUUCAGCAUGAUGAUGCAGGACUCUAUAGAUGUAAUUUAACCGCCAUAAAAGGUCAACGGACUAUUGAGUGGAAUCUAACAGUGUCUGAGAAACCUGAAGGACAAAACAGUCUACUGUGGUAUUUUCCAUACAUACUGACAGCUGUAAUUGGAUUGCUUCUAUGUGUCUUCACUUCAGCUGUUUGCCUCUACAGAAAACUCAGGGCCAGGACUUCAGACCAGAGCCCGGCCCAGGAGCAGUUUCAUCUUCAGUCUGAAACAGAGGUGGCCCUCCGUCACCCGCGCGGUGGCACAGACAGUAGAGCAAACAAGCACAGGAGUCAGUACAUGGAGAGGCUCAAUUCCAUCUAUAAUCUCUGAGGAGAUGAUAAGAGACCUAUGGACAAGCCAGGUGCAUCAGAGGAAGGCAACCGGAGAGAGGACAGCUGGGUCCCUGAUGCCUGUAGCUUACCUAAUGUUGAUACAUUAAAACCAGUGCUGUCACUUUAAGGGAUUUGUUUUUACUUGUGUAUUUAUGGUACUCUGUGUGUUUUGAUAUGUCCUCAUGCAUAUGAUAGCUUUAUUAUAAGUGUGCUGUGCUGGUAUUUUUAUGUCUUUCCUGCAUUCUGAGCUCAGUAAGAAAAGCUGCUAACAAUGUUUCCUGUAAUUGCAAUCAAGUGAACUCAACAGGCUUUAAGUGGAGGUCAGUGCCCUCUAGUGUUCUGUGUGGGAAUUACAGGAGCUCUUUUCAUUGAAAAUAAAUGAUAUUUCAGAGACUA